AACACCUGAUCAUGUUUUAAAUUGCACAUCCUUCCAAAGCCAAUCUCAGUUUGCAAAUGGCAAAGCCAACUAGUUUGAUUUUGAUUUGUCCCUCACAAAGUGUCACUCUUCCUCGGAUUUGAUGGUAUCUUACUCUUGUUGCUUAUGUUCUCUUCUUUUUGUAACAAAAACAACUAGUUCUCUCCUAUUGUCUUCUCUCAAACACUCUUGCAAGAUAAAUGGCUACGAUAAUUUUGAUACUUCUGUUCCUUUCCUCACUCCCCCUGUUUUAUCUACUAACCAAACAAAAGCCAUCCAAUAAGAAGCUGCCACCUGGCUCCUUCGGCUUCCCGGUCAUUGGCCAGAGCCUGAGCUUUCUCCGGGCCCUGAGGGCCAACAAUGGUCAUCAAUGGCUUGAGCAGAAAGUUCGCAAAUUCGGGCCGGUUUUAAAGCUAUCGCUGUUCGGCCGUCCGACAAUCUUUCUUGCCGGCCCAGCGGCAAACAAGCUUGUGUUCGGUAACGACGCUUUUACGCCUCACCAGCUGACAUCAUUCACGAGGAUUAUGGGGAGGCGGACGAUGAGGGAGAUGGUAGGCGACGAUCACCGCCAGAUAAGGGCGGCGGUCGGGCAGUUUCUGAAGCCUGAGGUGCUGAAAAUGUAUGUCAACAAGAUCGACGAGGAGGUUCGGUAUCAUAUCAAGAUGAACUGGACUGGACAUCAAACCGUCACGGUUAUGCCAUUGAUCAAGUGUCUCACAUUCGACGUGAUCUGCUCCCUCGUCUUUGGCCUAGAUCGUGGCCAUACAAGACAAGCACUAGCCAAAGAGUUCGUCGACGUGAUCGCUGGUAUGUGGUCGAUUCCCGUGAACUUACCAUUUACGCGCUUCAACAAGAGCCUGCGGGCGAGCCGGAGGGCCCGCAGAAUACUCUCUGAGGUCAUACAAGAAAAGAGGAGAAAACUGGAGCACGGACUCUGCCCUCCCCAUGCAGACCUUAUUACUUGCUUGCUUAGCUUAAGUCAGGAAGGAUGUGGAAAUGAAGCUUUAACUGAGGAGGAGAUCGUCGACAACACGAUCUUCGUCAUGGUCGCCGGUCACGACACGACGGCCAUCCUCAUCACUUUCAUGAUCCGCCAGCUCGAGAAAGAUCCAGCCAUCUAUGCUAGGGUUGCUCAAGAGCAAGAAGAGAUCGCGCAGAGCAAAGCCCCCGGAGAAGCCCUAACAUGGGAUGACCUCAACAAGAUGAAGUACACAUGGAGAGUAGCACUCGAGACCUUGCGGAUGAUUCCUCCAGUCUUUUGGAGCUUCAGAAAGGUUCUUAAAGACGUCGAAUUCAACGGAUAUCUCAUACCAGAAGGAUGGCAAGUUCUUCGGACAACAAGCAUGACGCAGAUGAAUGCAGAAAUUUUCCCCGAACCACACAAGUUUGAUCCCACACGCUUUGAGAAUCAAUCAUCUGUACCACCUUACUCUUUUAUAGCAUUUGGAGGGGGUUCGCGCAUAUGCCCUGCUAAUGAGUUUGCAAGAAUAGAGACAUUAACAGCAAUGUACUACAUAGUGGCACAAUUCAGAUGGAAAUUAUCAGGCAAAGAUGACAGCUUUUCGCGGUAUCCAUUGCCGUCGCCUUCUGAAGGGCUUCCUAUCAAACUCGAGCCAAAGGGAGACAUGUGACCAUGCAGGAGUACAGGUGAUGAAAAGAGAAGAAAUAAAUUCCACCCAGAGGGUUAUGUAAUGAUUUUGCUUGUGCCAUGUUUUAUAAGCAAUGUAGUUAUUGAAUUGGCUGAAUUGUAUUGAGGCUUUUAUAUAGCCUGUA